GUAUAAUUAAGUUUUAUUCAAACGUAUUUUUUUACGUUGAUACAGAAAAUUUGCAAACCAUAAUGUUCAAAAGACUUAUUUUUAGUUCAGUCUAAUUAUGCAAAUGAACUUUUCAAGAAUUGUUUGGUAUAAAUAAUGUUGAAGAAUAUGAUGGGGCCGAGCCGGCCAACCACUCAUGAGGUACAACUCUGAUUUUCUUAAAGGGAGUAGCUAAAGCAAUUUAAGAAAAAAUGAAAAAGAAAAGAAAAAACAGAGAUUGAAUAGUGAGGAAGACCAAAGCAAUUAAAGUCGACGAGCAACCAAGAUCCAAAAUGAGAGCAGAUCCAGAUCCAGAUCCAGAUCCAGAUCUAGAUCUAGAGAACUCACUUACAAAUUAGUUAGCACUCCUUCAAUUCCAUUGGCGCAUCACUAUAUCCUGCCUGCUUCAUUUCUACCUUUCCUUUUUUUAAUGUGGCCAGGGUUUCUUUUGUGGAUCGACUCCCCUAAUUUAUUGGCAUUUCUAAAGCCAGCACACAAAAAUGGAACUAGAAGAGGCUGCCGCUGCUGCCUCCAUUAAUGUUGCAAUUGAAAACGUGAUCAACUUCGUGACUAAGAUUCCAGAUACCAGUGGUUUGCACAAGGAUGUGCAAACGCUAAUCAGCAGACUGGAAACUGUCAAAGCGUUCUUGUGUGAUGAAGAGGCUAUAUCGUUCUUGUGUGAUGAAGAGGCUAUCUUCAUUGACGGUUUCAAACAGUGGCUGAAGAAGCUUGGGCCUGUGGUUUUCGAUGCUGACAAUGUUGUAGAUGGCCUCAAAUAUUAUCUCUCCAAAGGAACCAAAAUUACCAUCAUCAGGGCUAAGGUAGCCGAGAGAAGAAUCAAUGAAAUCAAUGAGAAGCUCGAGUCCAUUAACAAUGAGGGUAAAAAUCUUAGACUCAAAGGGAGUGCGCCUAAUCAGCCUCAAGCCAAUUCUUCGCUUUCUGAUCAUGUUUUUAUUGAAAGAGAUGGUGAUGUGCUCGAAUUAGCUGACCGGCUCAUCACCAACACCACAAAUCAAAGAAAGCGGGAGUUCAAUAUCCUGGCAAUUCAGGGCGAGGGUGGAACGGGAAAAACAAUGUUGGCUAGUAAACUCUUCAAUCAUGAAUGCAUCAAGACUCGAUUUGACCUACGCAUUUGGGUGGAUCUUGAUGAUAUUUAUGAGCCAGACGACCUUUUAACAAAAAUCCUUACGACAUUUACAUCUGAUGAAGUUGAGAGUAGGCAGGACAUUCUGAAAAGGCUUCAACCAGCUUUCACAGGCAAAACUUGUCUUCUUGUCCUUGAUGAUGUCUGGGAUGAUGAUGCAAUGUGGGAAGAUUUUCUAGAUUCGAUAAAUGGAGUUAUUUCUACGGUGGGAAAUGCCAUUAUCAUCACUACCAGCGAUACCAAUACCGAUGUUUUUAAGAUAAUGAAGCCGUUUUACGUUCAUCCACUAAAGGGCUUAACAGUUGAAGAAUGCUGGUCCAUAAUCAAAACCAUAACUUUUGGAAAUCAAAGUGUGCCAUCAGAUUUAGAGAAUAUUGGAACAAUGAUUGCACAAAGAUGUAUGGGUCUGCCGUUAGUAGCUUAUUUAGCUGGGGGAAUUCUUCAUGGUAAAUCUCAAGAACACUGGUUGCCGAUGGCGGAGAAAAUGCAUUCACAAGAUGAGUGGGAACUUAUCGGGGAAAUAUUGAGAUUGAGCUUUCUGAAUUUGUCUACAUCAUCAGAGAAAAUGUGCUUCGCUUACUGUUCAAUUUUCCCAAAAGGUUACAAAAUUGUGAAGCAAGAGAUAAUAGAGGUAUGGAUGGCAGAAGGAAUGGAGGAGAUGACAUGGAGUCUGUGGGAGAGAAGAUUUUAAAUGUACUUGCACAAAAGUCAAUGCUUCAAAUUACAGACAGAGGAGAAAAUGGUCAAGUGGAAAGUUGCAUGAUGCAACAUUUGUUGCAUGAUCUAGCAUGUUCUGUUGUCUCAGGUUCUCCUUAUAAUGCAGAAGACUUUAUCCCAGUGCGGUACUUUAACUCGACUCUCAAAGAAGAAUCAGGUCCUCCCCCGAAACAAGGGGUAAAACAUUUGCGGACGUUAUUCUUGGAAGGUGAAAUUUCUGAUGACAUGCUCUCAAACUGUCCAAGUCUACGUACUCUUAGUCUUACAAGAGUAAAAGAGCUGCCCAGUUCAAUUAAGAAAAUGAAACAUUUGAGAAAUCUUAAUAUUUCAAAGUCAUGCAUCACACAAUUGCCGGAGUGGAUUAGUGAACUCCAUAACUUGCAAACGCUAAGAGCAGAUGCAAAAAAUUUAAAGGAGUUGCCAAGCACAUUAAAGGACUUGAUUAACUUGAGGCAUCUUUAUGUUCUCUCUGAUGUAAAGUUGCCAGCUGAGAUGGGGAGAUUAACUAAUCUCCAAACACUAAAGCACUUUGUUGUGGGCAAAGAAGAUGGCUAUCAGAUUAAAGAGUUGAAUAGUUUGAACAAUCUCCAAGGAGAAGUACAUAUUUCUAAUUUGGAAAAUGUGUGCAACAGGGAAGAAGCGGCGAAAGCAAAUAUUCAUCAGAAGCUAAAGUUAUCUGAAUUGGUGUUCAAAUGGAGUGAAGAAAGAGAAGGUGCAACAGAUGAUGAGAGUGUAUUGGAAGGCCUCCAGCCUCACCCACACCUCAAGAAGUUAGGGAUUGUAGGAUUCAAAGGCAAAAGAUUUCCAUCCUGGACUCAGGAGAUGGCUGUAGGUGGUGACCCCUUUAUUAACUUGAUACAGAUAACACUCGCCGGGUGCUCCGAAUGUGAUAAGAUCCCAAUGCUGGAACGCUUGCCAAAUCUCAAAUCUGUUUCUUUGAAAGGAUUGAAGAAGGUGAAGCUCAUGAAUUCUUCAUUCAGUAAUUUAGUGUCGCUCUCCAUACAUGAUUUACAAGGAUUGACAAGUCUCCCAGACCGAUUAUUCUUUGAGAAUCCAAAUCUCUCAAAAUUGGAGAUUA